UAAUGAAAACAUUAAAUUGUUUCACGUUGAUUCUUGUAGUAAUAAAUAUUGACCGUGGAAUUUCCAUAUUAGGUGGAACAGAUAUAGAUAUAGAACAAGCGUCAUAUCAUGUGAAUUAUGGUGAUAUAUGUGGGGGUGUUUUACUGAAUAAGAAAUGGACUUUGACGGCUGCACAUUGUGGAACUGAAAGUGAUUUCAUUCGGGUUGGAAGCCGAUAUCGUUUGAAGGGUCCAAAGAUAAGAAUAAAAUUACAUUUCGUACAUCCUUUAUACAAGAAAGACCAUUCGUUUGAUUAUGAUGUUCAGCUUCUUGAAUUAUUCAGAGAAUUAAGGUUUGGAGAAACGGUGAAGAAUAUUACGAUAAGUAACGGAGAAUGUGGUGACCAUAUAACUGUGUCUGGUUGGGGGUAUUCCGAGGAGAAGGGUGACUAUAGAGACAUAUUACAACAAGUCAAAUUACCGUUAAUCUCUUUACAAGAAUGUCAAAAGGUUGAUCAGACCUGGUACAACAACACGCUUACUUCUAGAAUGUUCUGCGCUGGAGACGAGGAUGGCGAUGCUUGUCAGGGUGAUAGUGGUAGCGGUGCUGUGUCGCGUGGUCGUCUUAUAGGUUUGUCGUCAUUUGGUUUCGGAUGCGGGCGCGUGCCUGGCGUAUAUACAAAUGUAUCAAGCCCUUAUAUUAGAUUAUGGAUUAGGAUAUAUACAGGCGUAUAACCAAUGUAUAUAUAUACUUAUAAAUUAGAUGGUUUUCUGUAACGCGUAGCUGAAAAAUCUUCCUGCAUAAACGAAAAAGAUGCAGAUGCAGAUUUUAGUAUAUAAUGUUAUUAUAUAAGUAACUUUAUUACUUUUGGCAUUAUUAAAUACAAAUUGAAUGCAAGUAAUUUUAACAUAUAUAUAGUAUGAAAUAUAGAGCCCUGGCUUAGUGGUUAGAAAAUUGCAGGUUCAAACUCGGCACUAUAUUUUUAGGUAUUUAAUACGCGCAUAAUUUCGUCUCUUGAUUGGUGAAGGAAAACAUUAAAAAGAAAUGUGUCCCAAGCAUCCUCCUCCAAAGAACAUAAAACCUUAGCCCAACUGUGGGAUAUCAAUAUGCUGCUUUACUAAUUCUGCUGAUAACGCAUGAAAACAAAAACAAAUUAUCAAACGAUAAAAUUAAAUAUGAAGUUUUGCUUUACACAAACUAAUUAUUGAAUUUUUAUUCGAAUCCCAUACUAUAGUGUAAUCGCCACUUCUGAGCUAUAACGGCGUUUGAUUUUCGUAUAUAACUUAGGUAGCUGAGCCACAAACACUUCGCUACGGAGCUUGCAACUAUUUUGACCGCAGACUGACCCACGCUCAAUUAUUUAGUUAUGUAAUUAUUAUGUAAAUACUACACAAAUUUUACAUUUACGUAAGCUAUUUACAUAAUAAAAAUAUAACUAAUAGCAUAACAAAUUAUAAACUUAAAAAUUUCUAAAUGGAAAGAAAGAAACUUCUGUAUAGACACAGAACUAGAGUAAAGAGAUAUAAGAAAUAUUGAAUAAUGACAAUUUAAAUUAACCUUAAAAAUCGACCUGACUUGAACCUGUUUGCAUUUUUUUUCAUGCCAUUCAGUUUUAUACACACAAAGAACGAAGUAAAGAGAGAGGCUGCAGAUAAUACCGGUAUAUAUUUAUUUGACGAAGGGAUUUAAAGUGAGAACGAGAGCCAUAUUAUUAUAUAUUCAUUGGAUUGACAGACCCUGUCUGCGACCACCGCGACAUACGCGUCAAAUAAAGUGCAUACGAUUUGAGAGCCAUGGAAACUAUCUUUCCUAUCAAUAUUAUGCUCUAUUAUCACUUUCCAAAAACCUAAACAAUCCUUUUUGUUUUUUGUCUGUCUGUUCGUAUGAGAUAAUUUUCGAAGCGGCUAAAAAUUAUGAAUGAAAAUAAAUAAAAUUUUAUAACGAGUAUUCCAAUGUAGUAUUUGAUUUAUAAUAAUGCAAAAGUUUCAUCGAUAUUCAUUCAUAAUUAUAAUUUUAUUGAUAAUUAAUAUGUUUGAUAAAAAAGUGAGCCUUGAUACUAUAUAGAUAUAAUUUAAGUCCUUAUAAAUGUUUGCUUAAUUGUUUUUUCUCUCUUUCUAUCAUCAGUAUUUACAUGUGUGAGAAAUAGACCAAGCAUUGCUUAACUAAUAACCCCUAAACAAAACUUAUCUUUUAGUUGCGUCUAGCGUUACCAUUUUGGAAAUGAUAAAACCAACAAAAGUACAGGAAUAUUACAUGCAAAUAAUUGUUUUUGUAAUUUAUUAUUUAUAUAAGAAUAUAUUAAUAUAAUUUCA